GCACGUCGCUUGUUGUUAUUGGGAUUGGGCUGGAGCGCUCGGACGGACAGAGUAAUUCAUUAAAAUAUGUGGUGAUAACGCGAGCUGCCGAAUUCUGCGUGCAAUUCGUGCGUUUGACGUGGGUAAUAUCUGCUAUGCUGUCGCGCGGACACUUGUUUUGAUUCGCGGACUUCCUGCCUGCCCCACAACACACACCACCUGGGCCAACCCAACUAACCACCCACCCAGCGCCUCCUCCUCCACCUCCGUCGCCACUAGCAGCUGCUCCACCACACCACACCAGGAAAGGCAAUUAAAAAAUCAAUCAGAGGGCCCUAAUUGAAAGCUGAAAGCUGCCUCCGUCGAAAUGUCGCCGCCGAAGAACUGCGCGGUAUGCGGGGACAAGGCGCUGGGCUACAACUUCAACGCGGUCACCUGCGAGAGCUGCAAGGCCUUCUUCCGGCGCAAUGCGCUGGCCAAGAAGCAGUUCACCUGCCCCUUCAACCAGAACUGCGACAUCACCGUGGUCACCCGCCGCUUCUGCCAGAAGUGCCGCUUGCGCAAGUGCCUGGACAUCGGGAUGAAGAGCGAGAACAUCAUGUCCGAGGAGGACAAGCUGAUCAAGCGGCGCAAGAUCGAGACGAACCGGGCCAAGCGUCGCCUCAUGGAGAACGGCACGGAUGGCGGGGACCACGAUGGCGAAGGCGAUGAAGGUGACCACAAGGCGCCGGCGGACAGCAGCAGUAGCAACCUGGAGCUCUACUCCGGAUCACAGGACUCGCAGAGCUGCGGCUCGGUUGACAGCGGUGCAAAUGGGUGCUCCAGCGGACAGGCCAGAUCCACAAGCACUCAAGUCAAUCCGCUGCAGAUGACCGCCGAGAAGAUUGUAGACCAGAUCGUAUCCGACCCGGAUCGGGCCUCGCAGGCCAUAAAUCGGCUGAUGCGCACCCAGAAGGAGGCUAUUGCGGUGAUGGAGAAGGUGAUCAGCUCACAAAAGGAUGCCCUAAAGCUGGUGUCCCACUUGAUCGACUACCCAGGUGACGCCCUCAAGAUCAUUUCCAAGUUUAUGAACUCGCCCUUUAAUGCGCUCACAGUAUUCACCAAGUUUAUGAGCUCACCCACGGACGGAGUGGAAAUCAUCUCAAAAAUAGUUGAUUCGCCAGCGGACGUGGUAGAAUUUAUGCAGAACCUGAUGCACUCGCCGGAGGAUGCCAUUGACAUAAUGAAUAAGUUCAUGAAUACUCCGGCGGAAGCCCUGCGCAUCCUUAACCGCAUUCUGAGCGGAGGUGGAGCGAACGCAGCCCAGCAAACGGGAGAGCGCAAGCCAUUGCUGGACAAGGAGCCGGCGGUGAAACCUCCUCCGCCGGCGGAGCGAACGGACACUGUCAUCCAGAGCAUGCUGGGCAGUAGCCCGCCAAUUUCGCCGACUGCUCCCGCUGCCGUGGAUCUGCAGUACCACUCGCCCGGCGCCGGAGAGCAGCCCAGCACAUCGAGUAGCCAUCCGUUGCCUUACAUAGCUAACUCGCCGGACUUCGAUUUGAAGACUUUUAUGCAGACCAACUACAACGACGAGCCCAGCCUGGAUAGCGACUUUAGCAUCAACUCGAUCGAGUCUGUGCUCUCCGAGGUGAUCCGCAUCGAGUACCAGGCCUUCAAUAGCAUACACGCUGCGUCGCGAGUGAAGGAGGAGAUGUCCUACUUGGGUGGCGGUCAGUCCACCUACGGAGGGUGUCAUGCAGCUGGCAACACUAGCCAGCAACAGCACCACUUGCAGCAGCCCAUCAUCGCCCCCUCCAGCGUGCAGAUGGAUCGCGAAUUGAACGAGGCGGAAAAGAUGAAGCUGCGGGAGCUGCGUCUGGCCAGCGAGGCUCUCUACGAUCCUGUGGACGAGGAUCUCAGUGUCCUGAUGAUGGGCGAUGAUCGCAUUAAGCCCGACGACACUCGCCACAACCCAAAGCUACUGCAGCUGAUCAAUUUGACGGCGGUGGCCAUCAAGAGGCUUAUCAAAAUGGCCAAGAAGAUUACAGCAUUCCGUGACAUGUGCCAGGAGGACCAGGUGGCCCUACUCAAAGGCGGCUGCACAGAAAUGAUGAUAAUGCGCUCUGUCAUGAUCUACGACGACGAUCGCGACUCAUGGAAGGUACCCCACACCAAAGAGAACAUGGGCAACAUACGCACUGACCUGCUCAAGUUCGCCGAGGGCAACAUCUACGAGGAGCACCAGAAGUUCAUCACAACCUUCGACGAAAAGUGGCGCAUGGACGAGAACAUUAUCCUGAUCAUGUGUGCCAUUGUCCUCUUUACCUCGGCUCGAUCACGAGUGAUACACAAAGACGUGAUUAGAUUGGAACAGAAUUCCUACUAUUAUCUUCUGCGAAGAUAUCUGGAGAGUGUAUAUUCUGGCUGUGAGGCGAGGGACGCGUUUAUCAAGCUAAUCCAAAAGAUUUCAGAUGUGGAGCGUCUGAACAAGUUCAUUAUUAAUGUAUAUUUGAAUGUUAACCCAUCCCAGGUGGAGCCCUUGCUGCGUGAAAUAUUCGAUUUGAAAAAUCAUUAACCGAUUCGUGUCGCGGGCAUUAAAUGCCGAUGUCGACGCCGAUGCCCAAUGAUAAAUGAUCAACGAUCUGUAGUUUUUGUUGUUGAUGUCUGUUUUAUCUGUCGCUUGUAAUGUUAGAUUUUAAUCGAAUGUGAUUGUUAGAUUUGCAUAUACUGCAUAGAUUUUAUAUUUCUACAUCAAAGAGAGCAUAUUUAGGAUACCAAGUGCAAAGCAACACAAUCUAUAUGUAAUGUACACCGUUUAACUAGUUUCAAAUAAACUAAACACUGAUGCAAUAAAUGAUAUAAAAAUAAAGGUGGUUCUGUGGUA